UUGUAGAAAGGUUGAUCUAGAUUUGAUUCAGAGACACAGUCAACAUGGGAGACAAGGACAAGGAAAAGUCACAACCCCUGGUGAAGAUUGGACAUUAUAUCCUUGGUGACACUCUUGGAGUGGGAACUUUCGGGAAAGUGAAAAUUGGAAUCCAUCAGCUGACUGGGCAUAAAGUGGCCAUCAAGAUUCUCAAUCGUCAGAAGAUAAAAAAUCUUGAUGUGGUAUCCAAGAUCAGAAGGGAAAUACAGAAUCUCAAGCUCUUCAGGCACCCCCAUAUCAUCAAACUGUACCAGGUUAUUAGCACUCCUACUGACAUCUUCAUGGUGAUGGAGUAUGUUUCUGGUGGAGAGCUGUUUGACUACAUUGUCAAGCAUGGCCGUCUGAAGGAGCAUGAAGCAAGAAGGUUUUUCCAGCAGAUCAUUUCAGGUAUUGAUUACUGUCACAAGAGAAUGAUUGUGCACAGGGACCUCAAGCCCGAGAAUCUUCUCCUUGAUUCAAAUCUCCAUGUCAAAAUUGCUGACUUUGGCUUGUCCAACAUGAUGCUGGAUGGGGAGUUCCUGAAGACAAGUUGUGGGUCACCAAAUUAUGCAGCCCCUGAAGUGAUCUCUGGGAAGCUGUAUGCAGGGCCUGAAGUGGACAUCUGGUCUUGUGGUGUCAUCCUAUAUGCACUCCUGUGUGGAACGCUCCCUUUCGAUGAUGAACAUGUUCCCACACUCUUCAGAAAAAUCAAAUCUGGAAUCUUCCCAAUUCCAGAUUACUUGAACAAGUCAGUGACAAGUCUCCUUUGCCACACCCUCCAAGUGGACCCACUGAAACGAGCUACAAUAGAAGAUAUUAAAAAACAUGAGUGGUUUCAGAAGGACUUGCCAGCAUACCUCUUCCCACCUCCUGCUGAGCAGGACUCAUCCAUCAUUGAUACUGAUGCAGUUGCUGAAGUGUGUCAGAAAUUUGGGGUGAGUGAACAGGAAGUUCACAAUGCGUUGCUGAGUGGGGAUCCACAUGAUCAGUUGGCCAUUGCCUACCACCUCAUCAUAGACAACAAAUUUGAGGAUGAGGCUCAAAAGUUCAGCAUCCAGGAUUUCUACCGGGUGUCCUUGCCUGGUGGAAAUGGCUCAGGACCUAGCCCCACCAUCAGGCCUCAUCCCGAACGCAUCACCACAUUGCGGGACCGGUUCCUGGCUCCAGAAGUCCCCAAAAAUAGUGGACCUGCAACCAAUACUCCAAUGAAGCGUGCCAAAUGGCAUUUGGGUAUUCGAUCACAGAGCAGACCAGUGGACAUCAUGAAUGAAGUUUUCCGUGCCAUGAAGACAUUAGAAUUUGAAUGGAAGGCGGUGAACCAAUACCAGGUCAGAGCAAGAAAAGUCAACAAGGUUUCUGGGCACUGUGCAAAAAUGGUGUUGCAGUUGUAUCAAGUUGACUACAAGUCCUAUCUCCUUGACUUCAAGAGCAUCCAAGAUGAAGAUCCCACACCUAGAUCAGAGCCAAAAGAUGCAGUGGGUCAUCACACAAUGGAGUUCUUUGAGAUGUGUGCCUCCCUGAUUACCCAGCUGGCUCGAUAGAUCCCUCAUCUGAAUCUUAUUCCACUUUUUAUCUCAGAGUUAUCAUGCUACUUCAUUUUGUUUGCAACAAUUGAACAGUGAAUAUAUAUAGAGAGAAUUUGAAGAAAAAAAAUGUCUACAAAGAGAUUGUUUAGAUUUGCACUAUGCUGCAAGUUAGUGCAAGUAGGCCUAACUGCAACAAAUUUAUAUUGCAGGUGUUGCUGUUUAGUUGUGCAGUCUGAAAUAAAAUGGCA